AAACAGUGAGGGAGUGAGGGAAGGAGUGGGCAGGCGCGGAUGUAAUCAGGACUCGUUAUUUUGGAUCAACAGGCCCGAUCCGUCUGCGAGGCCGCUGCGUGUCUCAGAACAACCGAGGCGAAGGAGCAUCUACCGGGCCGGCUCCUCCAUUCUGUCCGGGGCGCGGUCCCUGCAUCACUGACACAUUGCCUCAGAGCUGGGAUACACUUCAGUGACACCAUGCUCUUCGUGACCAUAUCUGCUGCGGUGCUGUGUCUGCUGGCUGGGGCAUCGGUGGCCAUUCACGCCCCUGAGACAGUUUUUUUGGACAAGGAGCAGGCAACCUCCUUAAUCUCCCGUCAGAAGAGAAAUACACCUUCCACUCUGGAGCAGGCAUGCAUGGAGAAGGUGUGCAGCUACGAGGAGGCCAGAAAGUUCUUCCAAGACACAUACCGCACGGAUAUCUUCUGGUCAGUCUACGUUGAUGGAGAUCAGUGCGCAGAGAAGCCCUGCAAGAAUGGAGCCAUGUGUUCAGACAGCGUUGGAGGCUUUGAUUGUGUCUGUAAGUCGGGUUUCACUGGAGCCCUCUGCGAGAAAGACGAGACUCUGUGCACUCUGGAAAAGGACCAGGGCUGCUCUCAGUUCUGUAAACCAGGGUACAUAUCCUACGAAUGCUCCUGCGCCCGCGGGUGGAAGCUCAACACAGACAAGAAACAGUGUGUGCCUCAAGUCGGGUUCCCCUGCGGUAAGGUGGUCCGUCUACAACCGUGGAAAGACAAAAUGUCCAGAGUCAGCACCACCAACCCUGAAGGAAUUGCCUGUACAUCUUCAGAAUGUCCGUGGCAGGCUGUUCUGGUGAGUUCAGUGUCAGCAGGUUUCUGUAGCGGAGUCAUACUGAAGGAGAACUUUGUCCUGACUACAGCUCAGUGUGCCAACAAAUACCCAUCCUUCCAGGUGGUUGUUGGUAAAGACGGCUCUAGCAGCAGUAAUACUGAACAACAGACGCUGUAUGUUAAAGUGAUUCAUGUCCACCCACGCUAUGUGGAAGGUCGCCCUGAAAACGACCUGGCUGUGAUUGAGCUCCGCGACCGCAUCGUCUUUAACAGACACAUCAUUGCUGCCUGUCUGCCAGAACGAGACUUUGCUGAGAGCGUUUUGAUGGCAGGCAACUACACAACAGUGGUCACUGGCUGGAAGGAACCACAGCAGGGGUCUGCUUUCCAGGGCCCGCUCACUCUUAACACCCUGGUGUACAACAAGCUUCCCAUGUGUCUGGAAACUCACGGAAACUUGAUGACCAACAAGAUGGGCUGCACUGCACCUCGUGAGAACGCCGACUGCACCAUGAGCUCCGGCAGCCCCCUGCUCACCCCGUACAGGGACGUGUUCUUCCUCACCGGUGUGGUGAGUCAGCCAACAGGGGCCGACUGCAGCAAAGGCUACAUCUUCCAGAAGGUGUCGCGCCACCUCGGCUGGCUGCGGCAAAGAAUAGGUUCACGUUAGGAGCGGUAGUCAGAGAGCACACUGAGGUUAUUGAUCAUUGAAUAGGAUAAUACAGGUUAAUAAAUAAUAAAACAGGGAAACUGAAUAUUUUCCUCCUUCUAACUUAGUCCCUUCUUUAUCCUUGUCCUUGUGUAUUUUAAAAAUUUCAAUAACUAACACAACAUGUAUGCUGCCAUCUCCAUUCCUCUUUGGUGUGUCUCGUUUAUCCACAAGGUGGCUCUCUGGUUACAUAAAGACAGAAGCACUCAUUACAUGUAUCCUACAACUACAGCAGAAACGCGAGAGAUGUGUGAAUUAUUCAGCAUGUGUUUUGUGAUGUGGACGUACCGUUUUAAUAACCUCUGAGCGCUGUACUCGUUGACAUGCACCUUAUAAGACUAUUACUCGUCACUGUUGUAUGAAUGUAAUAAAGUGUAACACCUCA